CAAAACUAACGCACAUCAUCUGUUCGUUGGUGCAUCCUUUCACAGAGGCAGUAAAUAAAUAAUAAUAAUUUUCUUGAAAUUUUGAAGUUACAAACCUUUUGAGAGGAUACUGCUCACCCAGAAUAAUGCCUAGUCGUCGCGGAGUAGGAGUGACUAUUUUUCUUCUCUUUGGCGUCCCCUGUCUCGCCAGUGUCAUGACUUCCGGUCGUGGCGAUGAAGAAGAAGGAGGUGGUGUGAUGGACCAGAUGCGCUACUACUUGGGGCAGAUGGCCAACCUGGCGACGGAAAUGGGGAGUGGGGUGGAACGUUUGUCACGACAUAUAAGAACGGCGGAGGAAUUUUUAGACGCCACGGUGGACGAAGAUUGCUACUUUCAGUGCCCCCCAGGAACCGUGAUGAAAGAGAGGAAGGGUCACGUCGCAAGUUCGAAUGGGUGCGGAUCAUAUGGGAUUGAGGACUAUUUAAGAGGAGAUUAUCUUCCCAUGGACGAAUUCGUGUCGUGCUGUAACGCUCAUGACGUUUGUUACGAGACUUGUGGGACAGACAGGGAUGAAUGUGACCUCCGUUUUAAGAAAUGUUUGUACUCGGAGUGCAGGUCGGUUCGGGAUUCGGUGACCCAUUUAAAGUAUAAAGGAUGUCAAGUGGGGGCGAAAUUGCUUUACACUGGAACCACCGCGAUGGGAUGUAAAGCGUUCCUGGAAGCGCAAAACAAUGCUUGUGAAUGUGUCCACAAGAAGACCACGGGCGACAAGAGAGAGUUUUAAUAAUUAAUACAAAUAAUAAUUAUGUAAAUAUUUCCUCAUCAUUCAUGAACCAGGCAGAGCUGACACUACUUUCGCCAAAAUUAUUAUCUUUGAUGUUAUCAAAUGCAUUUCCUUCGGAACACUAUACAUACGUUCACUGAAGAACAGAAGAGGAGCAAAAAAUUUCAAAAAACAACUACUUUGCAUCCGUCCUUUCUUUACGAUCUAAAAAACAAUUACUGGGGAAGUUGCGAUAAACUUUAAAAGGGAAUUGCAUGUACUUAUCUGCCAAGCCGGCGUGUGACGAAGACUAGCACGACAAUUAUCGCACCCUAGAACCCAUCGAUUCUCGCCCAUUUUUCUUCAACCAAAUCACGGUUACCUUGUCGGCUUCUGGAUCUUUGUCCACGUCCGGGACAUUGAAGUACGGAACUUUCGGCAUGUGUGUGUGCAUCCGAAAUACCUGAACCGCUUUCCCACCCGCAGCGGGUGGCGACGUGAAAUAAGUACCCUGAAGUUUCAAAUUUGGACAAGGUUAUCAUGUUGCCUGGGUCGUCGCGGCUUCAAUCUUUCAAGCUGAGAGGGUUUUAGCAGCAAUUCACCAACGCCGGAAUAACCUUUACCUAUUAUGCGCUAUUAACAAAUUAUUGAUGUAUUCCUUGACAUUAACUUUAAUUUCACUCGCUACUUUCUGCAGAGGGAGAACACCCUUCGUGUCAUUGAAGAAAUUCGUAUUCAACGAGUUGUUGAAAUCCAGGCGAGAAAUCUUUAAAAUCAAAUUAUGAACAGAAAAAUAAAUUGAAUGACAAUACAAACAUAA